AUGUCCACCCCAAUAGACUCGGACGACGCUUAUGAUUUCCUCUUCAAGAUCGUUCUGAUCGGGGAUGCCGGGGUCGGGAAGACAUGUGUGGUGCAGAGGUUCAAGAGCGGCGUCUUUGUGGAGCGUCAGGGGAGCACCAUCGGGGUGGACUUCACCAUGAAGACUCUGGAGAUCCAGGGAAAGAGGGUCAAGUUGCAGAUCUGGGACACUGCUGGGCAGGAACGUUUCCGCACAAUAACCCAGAGCUACUACAGGAGCGCCAAUGGAGCUAUCAUUGCCUACGACAUCAGCAAGAAAAAGUCAUUUGAGUCUGUUCCUCGCUGGAUAGAGGACGUUAAGAAAUAUGCCGGCUCCAACAUCGUACAGCUGCUGAUUGGAAACAAAUCUGACAUGCACGACUUUCGAGAAGUCCAACUACAAGAUGCUGAAAACCUAGCAAACCAUUAUGAUAUCAUCAAUGUCAUCGAGACCUCUGCAAAGGAUUCCAGUAACGUGGAAGAGGCUUUUGUGAAGAUGGCCAUGGAGCUGAUGAUGAGGCAUGGAGGACCAGUCUUUACUGAAAAACCAGUAGAUAGUAUAAAGCUUGACAGCAAAGACAUGGCUGGAGAGUCUUGGGGAUGUGCCUGUUGA